AAAAAAAAAAGGAAUCUUUAAAUCCUUGUCCUCUGAUCUCAUUGGGUUUGGGUUUCUUGCGUGAUUUCGUCACGACGUUUUUCCGCUUCUUUCCCGGCAGUUACGGCCAUCUUGUUUGACUGGUUGCUGUACCUUCAGAAAGGUUCUGGUUGUGGAAAAAAAGACGAAGCUUGUGUUGUAGACGUAGCCGUUCUAUUUUAAUUGUAUUGUAUUAAGUGUUUAAUAUCUGUAACGUCUAAGUGCUUGUUUUUACGAUUUUUAAUGGGGUUUUAUUGAGAAACAACUCUCGUUUCCUUGAAUUAAAAAACCCGUCCGUGGAAGAGAGCCACAAUAUGGCCAACAACACGGCGUUGGUAGCCGGGAAUCCGCAGCCUCAGCAGCAGGCCGUGAACAAACCGGCUGCUUCGGGAAAGCAGGGCAAUGUUUUGCCUCUGUGGGGCAACGAGAAAACGAUGAAUUUGAACCCCAUGAUCCUAACAAACGUGCUUUCGUCUCCGUAUUUCAAAGUGCAACUGUACGAGCUAAAGACCUACCACGAGGUCGUGGACGAGAUCUACUUCAAGGUGACACACAUAGAACCGUGGGAGAAAGGCAGCCGGAAGACUGCAGGCCAGACUGGCAUGUGCGGAGGGGUUCGAGGGGUUGGAACUGGAGGCAUCGUUUCCACGGCUUUUUGUUUGCUGUAUAAACUGUUUACACUUAAAUUAACCCGCAAGCAAGUUAUGGGUCUCAUCACCCACACGGAUUCUCCAUACAUCAGAGCCCUUGGCUUUAUGUAUAUAAGGUACACACAACCUCCGGCAGACCUUAUGGAUUGGUUUGAUUCAUUCCUUGAUGAUGAGGAGGAGCUUGACGUGAAAGCAGGUGGAGGAUGUGUUAUGACGAUUGGGGAAAUGCUGCGCUCUUUCCUAACAAAGCUUGAAUGGUUUUCAACAUUGUUUCCACGAAUUCCAGUCCCAGUUCAAAAGCUGAUAGAUCAGCAGCUUAAAAGCAGACCAAGGAAAGUUCUGAAAAAAGAUGGAAAGGAGGAAGCUGAAGAAUCUGACCGACACGCAGAUCGCAGACGCUCAAGGACUCCGAGGAGAUCUCCCAGCCCUCGCAGAUCUCCCAAAAGGUCGAGAAGUCGAAGUCACCACCGUGAUGGACACGGAUCAACCAGCUUUGACUGGGAGCUGGAGAGGGAGCGGGAACGUCAGAGAAAAGAGAGAGAGGUCAAGGACCGCGACAGGGGAGAAAGGGACCGCAGGCGCUCCCGAAGCCCGGAUAGAGCAGCAGAACGCAGACGAAGCAGGAGUAAGGAAAGACGACGGAGCCGCAGCUGGAGUCGGGACCGAAAGAACGACCGGAAAGACAAAGAAAAGGAGAGGGAAAAAGAGAAUGAACGAAGCAGGAAGAAAGACCGGGAUCUUGAGAAGGAACGCGAAAGGGAGAGGGAAAGAUCUAGAGAUGCAGAAAAGGCGAAAGACAAGAGAAGCAAGGGAGACAUCGAAGAAAAAAAACAUAAGGAAGAAAGAGACGAGAAGAAGCACAGGGAUGACCGGAAAAACAAAAAGCACAGCAGGAGCAAAAGUAGGGAGCGAAAGCACAGAAGUAGAAGCCGCAGUAAGAACCGCGGCAGCAGGCGCAGCUGCAGUAAAAGCAAGGAGAGGUCUAGCAAACACAGAACGGAAAGAUUAAACAAACGUAGCAGAAGUGGUAGCAGGGGAAAGACAGAUAGUGAUGAAAAGUCAAAGAAAAGAGAUCGAAGCCACAGCAAAGAAAGGUCACACAAGCGUAGCAGGAGCAAAGAGCGCUCUCACCGGAAAGAGCACACUGAUGGGAAGGACCAUUCUAGUAAACACGAACGGAGGAGAAGCCAAAGCCCAGAGCGAGUGGAGAAGCUACAGGGGAGCAGAGCCGAGUCCAGUUAAAUUGUUUUUUUUCCCCCGAUUUAUUUUUAUUUGCUUGUUCAAAGAAAAUGUAUGUCUUUUGCCAAAAUCGCAUAAGAAUACAUCUGAAAUUCCCCCUUUAUUCUUCAAGGUUGCAUAUAUAGAUUUGUUACUGUAGGGAAGUGCCUUUGUAUCAUUUUCUUUGACCAUUGUAGCCCCGUACUUGAGUUGUGAUACAAAGGUUUUAAUUUUUUUAAACUUUUUUUUUCCUGAAAUGUUCCAAAAUUAUUCUGUAUAUAAAUUCUAAGAAUGUUUUAAUUCCUAUGGAGCAACCGCAGUGAUAAAUUUGUAUAAGGCAUUGAAUUGCCUAAAAUUGUGCUGUGUUUCGUUAAUUGCUUUCUUGCAAUUUUUUCCAAUAAAAUACUUUUAUUAAAAGA